CUCCUGGCCUGCCUCUCUUCUCUCCCUUCUCUUUCUCUCUCUCUGUCUCUCUCUCUCCUCCCGCUUAAAAAACGCCACCAGGAAAGAGCAGGAUCAACCGUCUCCCGCUCGAAUCUCACUUUCAACCCACACCAGCAUCGCCUGCACAUCCCUCUUCUUCCUCAGUUCCAUCUUUGCAACUCUCGUAGCGAAUGAUCCUCGCCAACGCUUCAUGGCCCUGAACAUGAGCGACAGCUACAGUUCCUCAAAAGACUUGGAGCCCUUUUCCCACUUUUCAUAUCAGGCAUCCUCUCAAUUGGACUUCACAUUCUACUCGCCCCCGCACGAUGAUGGAUCAAAGGAUAGCCCUGUCGCAGCAACAUUCAAUGUACCAAUGCCUGAGCACCUGCCUUCUCUGGGGCUCACAGGGGAUGCGAACCUGGAUGACCUGUUGAAUCUGGAAGAAUCAGCAACCCCGAGAAAAAGAGAUCGUGGAGAGCGAAUUGUAUGGACGCCAGAAGAGGAUGAAUAUCUCCGUACAGCGGUCCAGUUGUAUGGCGACAAGACCGAAAAGUGGGCCAAGAUUGCAGCUUGUGUGCCAGGAAGAACCAACAAGAACUGCAGAAAGCGUUGGUUCCACUCACUCGACCCAAAGCUCAAGAAAGGCCCAUGGACUGAAGAGGAGGAUCAUCUGCUCAAGACGGGUGUGCAGAUGUUCAAAGGACAGUGGAGUAAGAUCGCGGAACGUAUACCAGGACGAACGGAUGAUCAAUGCGCAAAGCGGUGGCGGGAAGGACUGGACCCAUUGAUCGACAGAGCAGCAUGGACCCCAGAGGACGACCUCUUAUUGCUUCAAAGGUUCGAGGAGUUUGGUAGUCAGUGGCAAAAGAUCGCCUUGGCCUUUCCCGGAAGACCUGGACUGCAUUGCCGGAACCGGUGGAGAAAACUGCAAAGGAGUUUGAAUCACAUGAAGCGGACCAGCAAGAGACGGAGUCAGGGGAGCGGAAGCGAUCAUGCAGCUAUCAUGUCGGAAACGCGGCGACUAGAGGCUCUUCUGGACUCUCAUAACGACGACAUGGACAUGGACAUGCUUAACUUCAAUUCGGCGGAGGAUGUGUUGUUGCUGCAGGACGCCUAUUUGGAUGAUGAUUUUGCGCUGGAACACGGGAUUAUGCUGGAAGAGGAUGGCUCGAUAACUAUUGCCAAGGACACCAAGGCCGAAGCGGAGCAGAAUGAGUCCGAGGACGACAAACCGUAUGGCUGUGCGGUGCUCGACUGCUCCUUUGUGAGCUCCUCUCCAUCGCUCCUAUUCUACCAUUUCAAAGCGUCGCAUGCUGGAGUGACGGUCGAGAAGCCCUUUCGAUGCACGAUGCCCGGAUGCGAAACACGAAAGCGAUACAAGAACAUCAACGGACUCCAGUAUCAUGUUACUCACGCCAAAAACUCGCCAGGACAUUCGACGCAUGGACACUCGCCAUCUGUAGAAGAUGGAGCAGAUCCCUCAAGGGCAGCCCGCGCGGGCAGCCAGACCAUACCCGUCAUCCAUGGCAGUCACGAUACCCCGCGAACCAGGACCUCAUCGCCACGCAACGACUUGCGCAUAACGAUGUCCGGCGCCACAUUCGACCCCUCCAAAAUCACUCUUUCGAAUGCUCCUACACCAGCAGAAAUACAACUUCAGCUACAUCAAUCUCGACAGGACCUUUCGCAACCACCAAGUGCACCUCAUCUUUCUCACAGCGCCUUCAACAUACCGCACAACGUAUCGUCACUCGAAGGAUCUGUAGUGUCCUCACGGGCAUCCUCUGGAGCGUCCUCUCCGCAGAUCCAACGUACCGUCUUCCACUGUCCGGAGCUUGGAUGCAGUCAGAGCUAUCAUCAAAUCCAUGAACUCAAUAUACACAUGACGAACAGCCAUAUUCGCCAUUCUAUGUCUGUCGGGGGCAGCGACACCAUGUAUGGGCCCGAUACGGCGAUUGUUUCUCGGGACAACCACCGCGCUGAGUUCGACAUCGAUAUGACGGACCUGACUUCGGGAGCCGCAUCGCCCAUGGACAGCAGCCUUUUGUUGCUGGAGGAGCCGCUCCUUCGCAACCAAUUAGACGCAGGUAAUCGUAUGAGUCUUGAUCUGGGUCCCCUCCCGGGCACGCCGUUGGACAGUAACACUUGCGGCAGCAGCAAUGUUAAUGCCAGUGAUGGUCUGAACGAGUUCGAAGCGCUUAGUGGCAAGGAUUGCUUCUUUGCAACUCCUGUUGCCAAUUCUCUGCAGAGUCCAAUCCCCUUUACCAGCCAUAUCAACGUGAGCACCCAUGAGCCUUUGUCCAUUCAAACGACAUCAGCAUCAGCACCAGUACCAACGCCAGCAUUGGCGGCGGCUAUUGUUAUAACGACGACAGCAUCUGGUAGUGCCAAUCCGAUAGCAAGCUUUACCGUUGCCAAUCUUGUACCCACGGCGCUACCGACCGUCCAAUCACAGAAGUCGAGCAGGGGGCAAACCAGUCGAUCUGGAGUAGCCAAGAGGUUCGCAUGCUCUGCAGCAAACUGCAACAAAUCCUAUGCAGGUGCCACCACACUGAACAACCACAUCCGGAAUGACCAUCCGGAGCUGUAUGCCAGCACGAGCGGCACUGGUUCGACGGCAUCGGGUCAGCGCACAAUGGUAUCUAUGGAUAUCCCGAAUUCACCUGAGCCUUCAAAGGACGACGGCAGUGAUGUGGCGGAUGACAUGCCGUACAAGUGCCUUGUCCCAGGAUGCGGCAAGGGCUACAAAAAUAUCAACGGCCUCAAGAACCACUUACUACAGACUCAUGGAUCGACCCCAAAAACGAGCACGGCCGCAUGACACUUUCCCUCUUUUUUUUAGCUCCUUCGAUUGACAAAUUAAUUAUUACCACUUUAGAAAGGCU